AUGGCUGCUGGCAUUGAUAGAUUAGCCAAUGGCAUGCAUACGCCUACGGCCCGGGUUUUGCCAGCUCAGGGCCAGGCUCAGACAAGUGUGAACGUGGGGGAAUCUGGCCACCUACUGGAGGAGCUGUUCUCCGCAGUUGCCUCCACUGCAGACAAAAGUCCGCUGCCUCUACGACAGGGAUGUGAUGGCAGGUAUAUGAAAGGCUACCUGCAGGACCGUAAGUUUCCCAAAGAAACGGUACAUCCUGCAUUGAAUAAAGACUACAAACCCCCACAUCUACUUGGCCUUCUCCGGUACUAUACGGUUGGAAGAACCAGCGACACUAUCAGUACAACAGUGAAACCCAAGAACAGGACGCCGAUUUCAGUCAGUGCCAUUGAGCUUGCCAAGAUCGGCAUCACGCUCAAAGCCAACAACACAAUGGACCUCAUUGACAUGGGCCUCAAACACAAAUGGACCCUCUUCGCCGAGCUCUCCGUGGCGCCCCUGGCGCCCCUGGACCGUGACCGUGCAAGCUACCUCGUCAACAUGGUGGCUCUCGAGCUAUGCACGGUCAAGAGCAUUUCAAAAGCUCCGGUAGAAGACUCCGUUGUCUGCUCCUACCUUUUGCUCUUGGCCAUGUUGGUAAACAGGGAGGAGGAUGUGCAGGAGCUACGGGCGCGGGGUCUCCUGAAGGGAGGAGGAGGGCUCACCAAUGAGGAGGCGCUCCACUUCUUCACAAGCUUCCAAAGUCUACGCUUCGGACCAUGCUACAACCGCGUCAUGCGAGGCAUCGAGAUAUACAAGGAAAACAGGCGGAUGCAGACCAAGCUGUAUGCGUUUUGUUACAACAACAAGAAAAUCAUCGCCGCGGUUCUCACCGGCAUCGGUGUACUUGUCGGGAUCAUAGGGACACUCCGGUCAAUCAAGAAAUCCUUUUGA